AUGCGCCACUGGCUCAACAAGCAUAAAGAGAAUCUGAAGAUCAAGAAGCAACAGCGGAAGGAGCAGCUGUACCCGCUCCGGAAGUCAAUGGAAUGUUUCCACAUAUCUUACCACCAAUAUGAGAAAAAAAUGAUUAUUGUUGAUGUGAAGCUUGAUGAAGUUCCAAAGUCUGCCUUUUCUAUUCUCUUUUUAGAGAUAAAGCCUGGGCUGACUAAACUCUACCUGAAUUUUAAAGUCAAAGUUACAGUGACCAGAUUGGGGAAAGUCAGAAAAAUGAGCAGGCGGAAGUGUUGGAUUUGUAAGGUGUGCCGAGAUGAAUCUAAGAGACCCCCUUCAAACCUUACUCUGGAAGAGGUAUUACAGUGGGCCCAGUCUUUUGAAGCAUUGAUGGCUACAAAAUAUGGUCCGGUGAUCUAUGCAGCAUACUUAAAAACAGAGCACAGUGAUGAGAAUAUUAAAUUCUGGAUGGCAUGUGAAACCUAUAAGAAAACUGCCUCACAGUGGAGCAGAACUUCCAGAGCAAAGAAACUUUAUAAGGUUUACAUCCAGCCACAGUCCCCUAGAGAGAUUAACAUUGACAGUUCAACAAGAGAAGCUAUCAUCAAAAAUAUUCAAGAACCCACUCAAACAUGUUUUGAAGAGGCUCAAAAAAUAGUGUACAUGCACAUGGAAAGGGAUUCCUAUCCCAGGUUUCUGAAGUCAGAAAUGUACCAGAAACUUCUGAAGACUAUUCAAGCCAAAAACAAUUCUUGA